ACCACCUUUCACCAUCCCAUAUAUAUAUUACACACGCGCACAAUAUUCCCCCACACCCACCACCUUAAUUCCCCAUGUAUAUUUAACGACUCUAUCAAAACAUAUCUGCAGCACCCUCUACUAGUGUACCAGUGGCGGUGGUGGUAGUAGUAGUAGUAGUAGUAGUAGUAGUAGUGUGGAUUAUAAGUAGUAGAAGUUAUAGAAGUGAUAGAUAUAUUAUAUCAUGAAUUCGUGGUGGUUGACGGGGGAGAGGAGAGGGCCGGAAUGGAAGCAUGGGUGGAAGGGGCAGACCUUCUCUUCCCUCUCCCUUCCUCCUCCCCCUCUCCUCAUCAUCUUCGCCAUCGUCUCCUUCUUCCUCUGGCUCUCAUGGUACGUAGAUUAUGAGGAACAAAAGCGUCAUGCAAAGGUUGGGUUGCACUUACUUCUCGCUGUCAUUGUUAUCGGACUAGUGUUCGCGGCCAAAUACGUUUGGUGGGAUCAAUACGGACGGUUUAUACGCCGGCCAUCAUUUUGGACAAAUCAAGAGGCUGUGCACCGGUCCGAGGGCUCGCCAUGGGGGGUGGCUGCAGUGGUGGUGUUGCUGCUCGUGUUGGUCUCUUAUCAAUCGAACUUUCACUCUCAGUGGUUCAGGCCGUUGUGGAGGUCGUAUUAGUUUCUUAGAUAAAAUAUAUACAAUAUGUACAUAGUCUUUGUUUUGUUCCGAUUAUGUGACAUGGUUUCUGUACUUAUUUACUUUAACAGUAAUUUGUAUAUACUCUACUUUAAAUUCAAACAAAAAUUUUAACUUCAA